AUGCCCGGCACUUGUGAGGUCUGCGUCUCGGAGCCUUCGAAGUACCGAUGCCCAACAUGUGGGCUCAUGAGUUGCUCCCUGGCAUGCACUCAGUCCCAUAAAAUCUACUGCGCACCUAAAGCACCAUCACCAAAACCGACCGGUCCAACCGCCGACGCUCAACAGCCUCCCAGCGAAUCGAACGAACAUGCGACCAGCGAGGUAGUACCUAAGGCUCAGAACGGCCUCGAUAUCAAAUCCCUAGGGAGCUCGGCCGAACUCAAAGAUUUACUCGAUCGGUUCCCUUCGCUUCGUGAGGAGCUGUACGAUAUCUACAAGACUACUCUGGAGGAAGCAUGGGUGGAGACUCAGCGCUUUGGAGGACGGGGUCGACACCAUGGGAGAGGCAAAGGACCGCACCGUCAUAACGGACCGUGGACCCGUGAGAAGGGCUUCAACCGAGGAGUGGGACGGGUGAGGAGGCUACGGGAAAGAUGCGAGGAGGGCUUGGAGACUGGGAAGAAAGCGGAGGGGUUCGUGCGCUUCACGUCCCUAGUCACUGGUAAUGAGCUUCCACACGAGGGCAUGUAA